GCAACUUUUCUCACUUUUGCGAGAGCAAAACACCACUGCGCCGUCAUCGCGCCGUUGCCAUUUGGAAUCCUUGUCGCGAGCAAUAGUAGACGCCGAUCGCAAGCAUUGACGUCAAACCGCGCCAAACCCCAAGGAAAGAAAAAAAAAAACACUUUGGUAUCGCGUCAUAUCACCCUCCUUUUGUCGGAAUUUGCCCAUUUCAACAAGAGACCUUCACAUUUUCAUCCGCCGAGAUGUCCAUGUACCCGCAACAUCGGGGCCUUCCCCAAAACGCCAGCCGCUUGAAUGAGCUGCUGGAACAAAUUCGCGCCGAGUUCGACAACCAAGUCAGACUCAACGAGGGUUAUGAGCAGCAGAUUCAGCAGCAGGUUCAAGAAGCUCAGCUGGUUCGCGAGAAGGUCUACCAGCUUGAGCAGACGCACAUGACACUCAAGGCCAAAUACGAGGAGGAGUUGUUACUACUUCGCCGUCAGCUCGAGGCCGGCAGUCGUGGAGGCGCUCCUCAACCUGGCAUGCCUGGCCCUCCUCAGCACGGUGGCCCUUCCAACGUCCCCCCUCCUUCUAUUGGAAUGGGCAACAACCUCUUCCAAGGUAUUAUGACGGGUCAAGGUGGUCAAGGUGGUCUGCCACCUCAGCCCCCGCCGCCGCAGCAGGAGCAGCAGCAGGGUCCUGGCCCGCAGCAGCACCCGAUGCAACAACCACCUCCCGGCCUUCAGGGUCCUCCUCCUCCUCAGCCUCCUCCGUCUCAACAACCCCCCUUCCAACAGCCGUAUCCCCAAGGUCCUGGCCCAAAUGGCUUUCCCGGGCAGCCGCCUCAGAGCACAGCUAGUCCCGGUCCCGGCAGCAAGCGCGGUAUUGUAGGCGGCAGACCCCCGACUGGCCCUGCCACACCGCAGAUCAACAACCCCAUGCCUUAUCCUCCAGGUCCCGGCGCGUCUCCUCAGGUCCACAACCAGCCAACCCCUGAUCACCGCGGCACGCUCCCACCUCACCCAGGUGCCCCUGGUCCUCUUGUCAACAACUCCCUAGGCGAUCUCGAUCCCGACCGACUCCCAGCCCACUCCAAGAAGACGAGGGACGACUGGUUUGUCAUCUUCAACCAGCAGGUUCCUCGCAUGCUAGACGUUGAGCUGGUUCACACUCUCGCCCACGAGAGCGUUGUUUGCUGUGUACGAUUCAGCCACGACGGUAAAUACGUAGCUACGGGAUGUAACAGAUCCGCUCAAAUUUAUGAUGUCCAGACUGGCGAGAAAGUCUGCGUCCUCACUGACGAGAAUGUUGACAUCUCCGGCGAUCUCUACAUCCGAAGCGUCUGUUUUAGUCCCGACGGCAAAUAUCUCGCUACAGGUGCCGAGGACAAGCUUAUCCGCGUUUGGGAUAUUGCAAGCCGGACUAUUCGAAACACCUUUUCGGGCCACGAGCAAGAUAUCUAUUCGCUCGAUUUUGCCCGCGAUGGUCGUACGAUUGCAUCUGGUAGUGGCGAUCGCACCGUGCGUCUGUGGGAUAUUGAGUCUGGUUCUGCCAUGCUGACUCUCACAAUCGAAGAUGGCGUCACCACUGUUGCCAUUUCCCCCGACACCAAGUACGUCGCCGCUGGUUCGCUCGACAAGAGCGUCCGCGUCUGGGACAUCUCUCAAGGAUAUCUGGUCGAGAGGCUUGAGGGCCCAGAUGGCCACAAGGACAGUGUCUAUAGUGUAGCUUUCUCGCCCAAUGGUCGCGACCUGGUCAGUGGUAGUCUGGAUAAGACCAUCAAGAUGUGGGAGCUCUCGUCCCCCCGAGGACUCAACAACCCGCCACCCAAGGGGGGUAGAUGUGUCAAGACCUUUGAAGGUCACAGAGACUUUGUCUUGUCCGUUGCGCUUACCCCCGACGCCAACUGGGUCAUGUCCGGUUCAAAGGAUCGGGGCGUCCAGUUCUGGGACCCACGAACGGGUUACACACAACUCAUGCUUCAAGGACACAAGAACUCCGUUAUUUCCGUGGCACCCAGCCCCACAGGAGGCUACUUUGCCACUGGCUCUGGUGACAUGAGAGCCCGUAUCUGGUCUUACAGAUCGGUGUCAUGAACGUGGUCUAUGACCGGACUAUGAACAAAGAAACACUUAUUCAACACGAAGUGGUAUGGUAUCACGAAUGGAAUAGGCUGUAUUGUGAAUGAGAUAGUAUGGUAUUG